AGACACAUAUCAAAGAUGAAAGAUUUUAUAUCAAGCUACGUACCGACCGGACGUCAUCGUAAUCGCAAUAAAAGCCAAAGUCUUGCGCCAUCAACGGCAUGCUUCAGGUGGGUUAGAUUUACAGGAAACAAAGCACAACUGUGUUUGAAUAUCUUCAUCUUCAUCUUCACUUACACUUUAUCCGCGCCGCUGCAGUGGUGCGUUCAUGAUCCUCGCUUAACUGGCGUAUUGGGGUGCUCUUUCUUGUUCCGUGCCUUUCAAACAUCGAAGAAGGACGACAAAAAAAGAAUUGGAAGUAAAAAGGAGUCAGUACAAGACGUUGCAUCAUUUACAACUACACGUACAGCACGUUUGAGAAUGCCGGAUAAAAACUCUUUCAGCAUCCCCAUGCAGGAGACCAAAAUGGACCGUAAAGAACUUGGAAACAAAUCCUUUUUCUGUUACUCUAAGAAAGGGGAUAACAGUGUCACCCAGAUUCAAAACCUCUCUCAGCUUCCGCGCAAUGCUGCCGUCAACCUGGAGUUCAAGGACCUGUCCUACAUCGUCCGUGAGAAACGCUGUUGUCGGAAGACAGGCUUAAAAACCCUCCUCAAUGGUCUCUCUGGACAAUUUAACAGCAAAGAGCUUACAGCCAUCAUGGGUCCAUCUGGAGCAGGGAAGUCCACUCUGAUGAACAUCCUGGCGGGAUACAAAGAGACGGGCAUGAAGGGCCAAAUCCUGGUCAACGGGCGCCCGAGGAACUUGAGGACCUUCCAGAAGAUAUCCUGCUACAUCAUGCAGAGUGACAUUUUAAUGCCUCACCUAUCCACAAGGGAGGCCAUGAUGGUGUCUGCCAAUCUGAAACUCAAUGAGGCCAUGCAAGUCAAAAAAAAGCUUGUGGACGAGAUAAUGACUGCUUUAGGGCUUAUGGACUGUGCUAAGACACGUACCAACCGUCUUUCGGGGGGCCAACGGAAACGGCUCGCCAUUGCUCUUGAGUUGGUCAACAAUCCUCCUGUUAUGUUCUUUGAUGAGCCCAUCAGUGGCUUGGACAGUGCGUCAUCCGUCCAGGUCAUUUCCCUCUUGAAGGUUCUGGCAAACGGUGGACGGACAAUCAUCUGUACCAUUCAUCAACCCAGUGGAAACCUCUUUCAGAUUUUUGACAGGCUGUACAUUGUCAGUCAUGGUCAAUGCAUAUACAGGGGAAAAGUCUCCCACCUCAUCCCGCAUCUGUCCAACCUGGGCUUCCAUUGCCCACAGUAUCACAAUCCGGCAGAUUACAUCAUUGAACUGGCGUCAGGAGAGCACGGGGAAGUGAACCCAGUGCUGUUUGAGGCCAGUCUGAGAGGCCAGUGCUGUGAUGAGAACAAGGAUACCACAGGAAAUUCAUCCAUGCAGGCCAAGUCCCACAGUGACUUAAACCUUGAGAAACAAAGCUAUGGCACUGGUAUCUUCAGACAGUUCUACAUCCUCUUAAUAAGAAAUGUCAAGGCUAUAUGCAGAGACACAAUGCUGACUCACCUGAGAGUGACAUCGCACAUCCUGAUUGGACUCCUCAUUGGCCUGCUUUACCUCGAAAUUGGAAAUGAUGCGAACAAAGCCUUCAACAACACCGGUUUCCUCUUCUUCUCCAUGCUGUUUGUCAUGUUUGCCGCCCUGAUGCCCACCAUUCUAACCUUUCCUCUGGAGAUGUCUGUGUUUGUAAGGGAACACCUCAACUCCUGGUACAGCCUCCGUGCCUAUUACCUGGCAAAGACAAUUGCAGAUGUUCCAUUCCAGCUGAUCUGUCCAGCCCUAUACUGCAGUAUUGUGUACUGGAUGACUUCCCAGCCUCCCGAGGCGCGACGCUUCAUGUUGUUCAUCGCCUUGUCCACAUGCAUCGCUCUGGUAUCUCAGUCACUAGGGUUGCUCAUUGGGGCGGCAGCCGCAUCACCACAGGUUGCGACCUUUGUGGGCCCGAUCACAGCCAUACCUAUGAUCCUCUUCUCUGGCUUCUUUGUGAAUUUUGAUACCAUUCCUAUAUACCUACAGUGGACCUCAUACGUCUCCUAUCUCAGGUAUGGCUUCGAAGGAGUGAUGAUCUCCAUCUACGGGAUGGACCGGUCUCUACUUGACUGCAAAUCGCCACCCUGCCCGUUCCAACAGCCAACGUCUGUCCUGACUUUGAUAAAUGUGGAUAAGGCAAAGCUCUAUAUUGAUUUCAUUUCGCUAGGAAUAUUCUUUUUGAUCCUCAGACUGGCGAUUUACCUGGUUCUUAAGUACAAAGUGAAGUCAGUGCGCUAAGAUGCUGUGUUCAUUUGAUAUGUAAUGAAGACUUCAGGCCAGGCUUAGGCUUUCACAAUUGCAAUGAUUUUUUGGGGUCUUCCAUUGGCUGCUACCCGAUAACUUAUUAAAAAACAUCAUCUCAA